AAUGUGGGGCGCCUUUCCUUUCGUUUCGUUUCUUUGGUUUUGCCUAGUCCUAGGCUUGCAUAGACAAACGCGGCCACCCCCUUCCAAAACUGCCACUAAAACCCCGGUGGCAUUUGCAGAGACCACGACAAAGGACAACAACAACUGUAGGCUGACCCUCUUGACGGCUGUUCGGACAGCGUGUUUUGAAAAUCCUGCCCAAAUAAAAAGGUUUUUAGGGGGGUGCAGGGGGGGGCUUUCCUGACUCAUUCCAAAGCCCAGGAGUAAACUGCCAAGAAGGUUUGAUUCUUCAUUUCCCCCCCCCCCUUAACUUUUUCCUUAACUCGAACCUCCUCUAGCUUCACUCCAUCCCAAGGGAGAGGAGGCCCCAGAGCGGAUCCAUGGUGGUGCCUGUCCCACCUCCCUGCUUAAGCCUUCCUGGCUCCGGAUUCUGGCCGGUGUCCGGUGGAUCCUUUGCUACGACUGGGCGGGGGGGGGAACUCAGGUGGCUUCCCUCCAGAGAGAUUCCCCGUCUCCUGCUCUUUCUCCUUUGGCCAGUCCCGGAGGUGGGCUCUGUGUACCCCCUCCCCUCGCCCAACUGGACCAUCUCCAGGGGGAAGGAAGGUCCAGGGCGGCUCCAGGCUGACCAGGCCGUGGAUCGGAGCCUUGGCGCGUGGCUCCGGCUUCCGAGUCGGGCACAAGCUGCCCGGGGCUCCUCGGCCUCCUCGCAGGAGAAUCGCCCGAAGCCCCCCCCCAAGAAGUUGUUCCUCUUGAACGGCCGAGUUCCGAUUCAUGAUCUCAUCGGGCAUCGCCCAGCAACCCCGGGGUCACAGGAGGCAGUUCUGGAACACGGCUCCGCGCGGCCCCUGUGGACGUCUUCCGGGGUCAAAGACAAGAUGGGCCGGUGGGCCGAGGGUCUCUGGCUGAGCAGCCUUGGUUGGGGCCUGGGCGUGUCAGAGCGGCCCUCCUGGUACUACGUGGGGCUCGAGGUGCCCUCGGACACGGCCGACCUCUCUGAGGGGCGCCCCGGUUGCUUCCUCUUGGAGGUGCUGCAUUACACCUACUGGGUCUUCCUCAGCAUCUUGGCCAUCAUGGUCCUCUUCUCGGCCCGCCUUUUCUUGAGACGCUUUCUCAGCUUCCAGGAGGCACCAACAAAGCCGAAGGACUCGCCCGGAAAAGACCCCGAAGAAAGGCAGCUCAUGGAGGCGCUCCAUUUGUUAGAAGCCGUGAUGUUCAAAAUCCAGUGCCAUCUCAAGCAGCGGGAGCAACGGCAGCAGCGCCAGCAGCACCGGCACCGGCUGCGGCACCGGCAGAGAAGGACGGACCCCCUCCAGCUCGCUCCCGGCCCUGGCCUGGAAUAAACCGAACGGAAGGACCUGGCGAGGCCACGGCAUCACCUCCCCCCCCCACGCUUUCCUCUGCCGGCAGUGCCACGGAGGGGCGCUGGGGUGACCCCCUGAAAGGGGAAGCCAGGACCACCUGCAGCCGGAUGAGGCGCCGCAACAACCCACUCGCCCUGGCAGGGCUGGGGGAGUUCCUAUGCCACCGGAAAGGGCCCCGUGGGUCAUCCGGGCGGCCACUCUGGCCACCCCACCUGAGGCCGGAGAAAGUUAGCCCGAAUAAAUUACCGGCUGAAAGCCACUUGCCCAGGAGACCCGACCGACCGG